AUUAAAAGAAAAAAAGAAACAAAAAAAAUCAAUCAAGAAAAUAAUAUCAAGCUUGGGAGAACGUUUUAGUAAAAAAAUAACAAUAAAAUAUUGUAGGAAGAUUAAAAAGAAAAAUAGGAUUUUAAGAGGGAUUGAUUGGCUUUAUAUCGAUUGAAAUGGAUAAAGGUGACACUUUUCUGGACAUAACACCGUCAGAAGUUAGUGAGUCAGCAGAACAAGCUUCAGAUAUCCCUUUAACAUUGGCUUGCGAUGGUACAGAUGCUGUUUUUUCACCAAAACCCAAAGAACGUGAGUCUUGGGCAAACAAAUCUGAAUUUUUAUUGGCGACAAUUGGAUUAGCGGUCGGUUUGGGGAAUAUCUGGAGAUUUCCUUAUCUGUGUCAAAAGAACGGAGGAGGAGUGUUUUUGAUCCCCUUUUUCAUCUUCAUUAUAAUCGAAGGAAUUCCUUUGUUUUUCAUCGAACUCGGUGUUGGUCAGAGAUUUCGAAAGACCGCUGUUGAAGCAUGGCGUGGUAUGCACAAAGGCUUAACAGGAAUUGGCAUCUCAUGCAUGAUCACAUCUAUGUUGUUAUGUCUCUAUUACAUCAUCGUGAUAACAUGGUGUGUGUAUUAUGCCUUUCUAUCGUUGACUUCCGAGCUUCCCUGGCAAAAGAAAAAUUGUGAGAACUAUGAUAUAUAUAUGAAAUAUGUCAGGUUAGAGAGAAACGUAACAGAGAUGACAAACAGCUUAGAGAGAAACGUAACAGAAAUCACUAACACUACAUUCAACAACUCCACAUCAAACAACUCCACAUUGAACAACACCUUCAUUAAUCCAUUUUCAGCUAAAGUGAAACAAUACAAGACAUGCUGUAUCCAAGACCCUGCACAAUAUCAGUGGUAUGAAAGGACUCUUCAAGUCUCAACGAGUAUAAAUGAUACAGGCGCAGGAAUUAACACAAAUCUACUUUGGUCUUUGUUGUUGUCAUGGUUUGUUGUGUACGCAUGUAUUGUGAAGGGAAUUAAAUCCAGUGGCAAGGCUGUCUACUUCACAGCAACGUUUCCGUAUGUUGUAUUAAUCAUUCUGUUCUUCCGUGGUAUCACUCUACCUGGUGCUUUGGAUGGAAUCAAAGAAUUGUUCACACCAAAGUGGGAACUACUUGCUAAACCUGAAAUUUGGAUGGAUGCAGCCACACAAGUGUUUUUCUCCUUAAGUUUGGGAUUUGGAGCUCUUAUCGCAUUUGCUAGUUACAACCCAAUCAACAACAACAUUAUACGGGACGCCUAUGUCAUUGUACUGACGGAUUGCGGAACUGCGCUGUUUGGAGGAAUUGUGGUAUACUCUAUUCUUGGGUACAGACAGCAUGAAACUAAUAUCCCAGUGAGCGAGGGAGGAAGCGGACCUGGUUUAGCAUUUGUUACUUUCUCUGACGUCAUGCUUUUGAUGGAUAUAUCGCCACUGUGGGCCAUCUUAUUCUUUUUCAUGUUAAUUUUACUUGGCAUCGAUUCAGAGUUUGGAACAUUGGAAGGUGCAAUAGCUCCAUUGUAUGAUUUAAAAAUCGUCAAAAUGAAGAAGUUUCUUUUCUUACCAAUCGUCAUUGGAAUCAUGUUUUUAAUUGAUCUCAGUAUGAUAGCUGGUUUCGGCUACUAUGUCUUCCAACUAUUUGAUAGUUAUGCUGUCACAAUUCCGUUACUGGUCAUCGCGUUGACGCAGUGUAUAGCAAUAAGUUGGGUCUAUGGUACAGACAGAUUUGCUGAUGAUAUUGAAUUCAUGACUGGACAACGUCCAUGGAAGUUUUGGAUGUUCUGUUGGAAAUAUCUGUCACCAUUUGCAGUCCUCGUAAUCUUAAUGUGGGUUCUUGUCAACACUAUACGAACAGUUCCUGUCUAUUCAGCAUAUGUUGGAUGUCCUCAGGAAACAAGUGCUGAGAAAGGAUGGACUGUAGAUAAAGAAUAUCCAACAUGGACAAGAAUCCUAGCAGCCAUUAUGGUGAUAUGCACACUGUCUCCAAUCCCCUACUUUAUAGUAAAAGAAUGGCCUAAAAACUGGAAACAAUUAUUUAGAGAGAGGUUUUUAAGUGGGAUAGCUAACUAUAUGCCAGAUCCAUCAACAUGGAAAGAGAAACACAACACUAUGCUCUAUGAACCAACAUAUCAAAAUGAAAAAGAUAAAAGCUAGACUAUAGUCCAUUUUCCAAUCAAAUGCUGUACCGUUUUCCAGUCGAAGCUGUUACAGAAAUUAUAGACCAAGGCUAUACAAACUACAAGUAAUAUUAUACUUCCAGAAAAUAUUUUGGAAGAUGAGAUCGCUGCAGUUACAUAACGGUUUUUUAAGAACUGUAUAAUAUCAUGUAAAUAUUAAAAUAUAAAAUAUGAAAA